CAUAGACUGUGGGCGCACACAAAUCCAAUCCUCCAAUUACCCACCAAAAUUUCUCUCCCACUUUCUUCGAUGGCUAAUUUUCCCAAACCCCACUUACUAUAUAUUCAUUUUCCUUUCAAUUCCACCAGCCGUGUUUCAGAAUCGCCUUGUUGUUUUGAUUCUUUUGUAGCCUCUACAUUCCGUCAAUGGCAGUAUCUAAAGGGAAAUACAUCAAGUUACAGGGUAAGAAAUGGUCCACAUUCCAGCUUUCGAAGAUGAUCAUGGCCCUCGUUUUGGCACUUGGGUUUUUCAUGCUUAUUGCUCUUCGGUUCUUCUCUCCUCCUGAAACUUCUCACCACCGUCUCCCUUCCGUCCGGCGUACAGCAUUUCAAAGUGAUGGGUUGGGGAAGAGAGGGGAUCAGUGGGUUGAGUUCAUUUCUUGGGAGCCUAGAGCUUUUGUUUAUCAUAAUUUCUUGUCCAAGGAAGAAUGCUUGUACUUGAUUAGUCUUGCAAAACCUCACAUGGAGAAAUCAACUGUGGUUGAUAGCAAAACUGGCAAGAGUGUGGAUAGCAGGGUGCGAACCAGUUCUGGGAUGUUUCUGAAUAGAGGGCAGGACAAAAUCAUCAGUAACAUAGAGAAAAGAAUAGCAGAUUUUACAUUCAUUCCUAUAGAGCAUGGAGAAGGACUUCAAAUUCUCCAUUAUGAAGUUGGGCAGAAGUAUGAUGCUCAUUAUGAUUACUUUGUUGAUGAGUACAACAUCAAAAAAGGAGGCCAAAGAAUGGCCACCCUCCUCAUGUAUUUGUCGGAUGUUGAAGAGGGGGGCGAGACGGUGUUCCCGGCUGCGAAAGGAAACUUUAGCUCUGUACCAUGGUGGAAUGAACUGUCUGAAUGUGGUAAAGGUGGACUCUCUGUCAAACCAAAAAUGGGAGAUGCUUUACUGUUCUGGAGCAUGAAGCCCGAUGCUACCUUAGACCCUACAAGUUUACAUGGUGCCUGUCCUGUCAUUAGAGGGAACAAAUGGUCAUGUACAAAGUGGAUGCAUGUUAAUAAAUAUAUUUAACCCUGAGGAUGUAAUGAAAACACACUUUGUUGGGGAAGAAGCAAUUGGAAGACGACAGAUGAUUUUCUUUUUCAAUAUUAUAUUUUUUUAGCUUAAUUUGUUAUCUACCCUCUCAAAUUUUAUAUAUUUAGUUGUUAAUAUAAUAUAGAAAAAAUUCAUUUUUUUAAAAGCACAAUUUUUUUUUUUAAAGUUUAAAUUUUACAUGUACCUUUUUUUUUCUUUAUAACAUUUUCCAUUUUCGAU